AUGUUUUAAUUGAUAACCCCCUCACCAACUUGCCUAUCUUGGCUUUAACCCUUUGUAUAUAUACCAGGUGGUGUCAAGGAAAGUAAACCAUCUUAGAUCCAUUGUUUUCAUUUUAUUUGGUGAGGUCUAUCCAUGGCUAGAAAGAAAGUGAGAAUGGCCUACAUCACCAACAAUUCAGCAAGGAAAACUACAUUCAAGAAAAGGAAAAAGGGUAUGAUGAAGAAGUUGAGCGAAUUGAGCACUCUCUGUGGAGUUGAUGCAUGUGCUGUUAUUUACAGCCCAUUUGAUUCUCAACCUGAGGUUUGGCCUUCUCCAUCUAGAGUCAAAAAUGUUCUUGAGAAAUUCAAGAACAUGCCUAUGAUAGAGAAGAGCCAAAAGAUGUUGAACCAAGAAAGCUUUCUGAGGGGGAUGAUAUCUAAAACGAAUGAGCAAUUGAAGAAACUAAGAAAGCAAAAUCAUGAGAAGGAAUUGAGACAUACCAUGUUCCAAAGUCUCACUACAGGAAUUCCCCAAUUCCAGAAUCUGAAUCUGAUAGAUAUGGGUGAUCUUGAGCAGCUUAUCAACCAGAAAUUGGAUGAGAUUGAUAGCAGAAUAGAGAAUCUCGGUGAGGAGGUGAUCGAAAAUGAAACCAAAAUGUCCAAGUUGCACAAUAAUGCAUGCGAUGGAAUCCAUGGCAUGUGAACAUGGUGAACCCAAACCACACCAAAAUAUGGGAUGUGAUGCAGAUGAAGUUCUCCCAUUUGAGGAUCCUCAUCAUAAUGAUGUUGUCCCCUAAGAAAUUAAUGUGGUGUUAGUUUCCUUCUUGGUGAUUUCUCUUUAGAUCACAGUGUCAUUUCUAGCUCUUACUUGAGUUUAUGUAAUAAAUCAUUAAUAAAAGUAUUAAAUAGAACAUUGAAAAUU